AUGUCAGCUCCCCCAUCACUCACCUCUCUUGCAAACAGAACCAUGCAUCAGGACAACCCCUACAAUCUUCAAAACUUCCAUGACCAUAAUAAUCAAUCAAUCUCCGACGUACGACCCCUUUCUACAUCAGUUACCGGCAACGAGACUUAUGAGGCCGCCGCUCAACUUCCGUCGUUUCAAGCUUUGGCCCGUCACCAAGAAAAGUCGCAAAUGCACAUGGACGCGGCCACUGAAUACGAUCUUUAUGGUCAACCACUGUCCCUUGGAUCGAUAGAGAGCCCCUGCCAGACUUCCCAACCCAUUGCUGACGGCAUUUAUGAGGGUUAUGAUUUACCACCUUCAAGAACCGAUAUACGUCCGGCCGGGUCAUCUGUAACCGGGAGUACCACCGCUGAUCAAAUUGGUGCUCCUCAACAGUUUGGCCAAAUGAGUAUGACCAGCAAAGGAGGCAUAUACCAGAAAAGAUGAUAAAGAAUUUAGGGUUUUUGGACAUACCCCCACCCCCCUAGGUCAAUUUUAUAUAAAAAACCCGGUGCACAAGGUCGUUUUUCUUCCACUGAUGCCUAAAUAUCGGAAACUUGUUCAAAUUUGCCUUUUCCCUUAAGUUUACCUUUUUAUGGAUGAUAGCCUACCUUAUGUUUUUGUUAACACAAAACGACACAUAACCACCACCACGACCACAAUCUGCCAUCACCACCAACCUCUGCAACCAUCCACCUCAUGCCACCACUACCAUCUGCCACACACAAACUACCACAAUCAUUGUUCAUCAUCUACUUCCACCUAGCGUCAGCCUUAUCCCACAACAAGAAUUCGGAGUAUUAGGGACGACGUUUUUUGAGACGACACAAGCAAUAGCGGCGACCCCAGACUUGACGCGCUAUGUCGCCUCUAAAACCACAUUGUCGUCGCUAUUAGCGGCGUCGCUAAAGAUAACCACCGGUGAUCCGUCGGAGAUACGCUACUUUCAAUCGUGACCCUUGGUUUGGAAAAUAAUCCAACGGAUAGGGUUUCUUCCUGUGAUAAGGCAUUAAAGACGACACCUUUAGCGGCCGCUAAAGGGGGCGAUCCGUUGACGCACCCUGGAACGAAAUCUGACCCUACAAUUCCAACCAAAUCCAACGGUUGGUAAUCGCCAAAAAGUGCACGUAUGAUUCCCUCCAAUUUGUCGCCGCAAAUAGCCACAUGUCGCCGCUAUUAACGUUGCCGCUAAUAGCUUAGCCCUUUAUGUUCCAGUUCGUCUUCCCCAGACGAACGUUCCUCUCCUUUUUUGACACCACCGGCGAUUGCAGUUUCUGUGGCGACUCCGACGACUCCCAACGCUCUCCACCGCUGAUUGGGCUACAAACCCUUCUCCCACCGCCGAUUGUCCUCCAAAACCGAGUCCCACCGGCGGUUUAACUCCAAAGCGAGUGUCCUCCAAUUCCGACGGGAGCUUCGAUUUCGUGCUCAUAUCUCCGGCGAUGUUAGUUUUCGUGCUCAUAUCUCCGGCGAUUGUACUCUAAUUAACACCACCGAUUUUUAUUUGAAGUGAUUUGUUUUUUUUUUCUUUUUUUCUUUUUUUCGUUCCAGCAGCUUCACCAGCUUCACCACUGUCUAGCUUUCAUUUUGCUGGCAAAGACAGGUUAGUUUGAUUAGUUUAAAUUGAUGGAAACUGUAAAAUUAUUUAUUUUGAAGGUUUGCUGUGAAAUGGUUUAUGAACCUGAAACUGUGAAUUUGAUUAUGUUGAAUUCUUUGGAUUGAUAUAAACUGGAACUGUGAAAUUGUUUUUUUUUUCAAUUGGUUGAAUGUGUGUUUCAGUUGAUUAAUUUG